UCUGUAUACAGAAACCAUUCCGUCGAUAUCCGUGCUGUUUUCGAAAAUAGUCGCCAGUUUAAAGAUCAAAGUGUUAUUAAAAUGGAGACCUCUUGAGAAGUAAGCCCUUGUAAACAAAUGGAAAUAUCUUGGAAUGAUAUGAACAACCAUUCGUUUCGCCCGGAGGUUUCUGAUCAAAAAGGGCGGGAAAUGAACGGGAUGCCUGUGUUAACAUCGAUACCAGGCCUCUCUAAAUGUACAAAUGGAACGCCUGUUUGAAUUUAUAUAACCGACAGAACCAAAAGAAGAAUGGAGUUUUCAGACUGGCAAGCACAAUUUUCUGCUCUUAGAGAUCGUAGUAAAUACGUAUUCGACAACUCCCUAUUCUGUGAUGUCGAGUUCUCGGUUCUAGACUAUGAUGGAAACAAAGUCACCAUUCCAUCCAACAAGUACGUGCUGGCUASCACCAGUCYUGUCUUUGSUGCCAUGUUUUACGGUCAUCUAGCCGAGAAUAAACCAACUAUCGACCUACCAGACUGCACCAAGGAAGGACUAAAAGAAAUGCUUCGCUAUGCACAUUGCGAAGAGGCCAACCUUACAGGAAAUAACGUAAUGGAAGUACUUUACCUCGCCAAGAAGUACAUGAUGCCAUUCCUCGUAAAACAAUGCAAAACGUAUCUUGUAAAUGAAGUUGGACCUGAAGAUGUUUUCACUGUUUUGCCGCAAGUCCUGAAGAUGGGAGAUGAAGAUCUUCAAGAACACUUUUGGAGAAUUGUUGAUAAUAAGACUUACAAGUGCAUAUCAUCUGAGCCAUUUCUGGAUAUAUGUCAUGAAAUGUUGUAUGACGUGCUCCAAAGAGAUACCCUUAGAAUCAAUGAAUUGCAACUUUUCCAAGCAGUAGAUAAAUGGACAACCAAGAAGAUCCAAGAAGAAGCUAGAUUAGUUUGUAAUGGUAAAACAAAACGAGCCAUUCUUGGAGUAGAGGUUAUUAGACUAAUUAGAUUUCCACUCAUGACAGCAAAUGAGUUUGCUGAGGUUGUGCUUCCUUGUAACAUUCUUAACUUAAGCGAAGUAACUGAAUUAGUUCAAAUAUUCAGCAAGAAUAGUAAAUCGUCCAACUUGUUUAUUGCAAAGAAAAGGUUCUCUCUGGGUGAAGCUUAUACACCAAGUAUUCGCUUUAAUACAAUCUAUUGUGAUGGAUGGUACUAUGACGGUAGCUCUGAAGAUGUCAUCAAUAUUACAGUGAAUAAAUCAGUGGAUAUGAUUGGUGUCCAGCUGUUUGGAAGCCAAGAAUGUGUCUAUCGUGUUCGAUUAAGAAUCUUCAAAGUCGAUCCAAAUCAAUCAGAAUGUAUUUCUGAUUUAUGUUGUAAAUAUGAGAGUGAAUUGAUAAGCGAUUUAUAUUAUGGGUUUACUGUUGUCCUUGAAAAACCACUAAGACUUCAGCCAAAUGUUAAGUAUAGCCUUUCUGCAGGAAUACAAGGUCCACCAUCAUACUAUGGAGAAUCUGGUAAACAAAGGGUAACAGUUGGUGAUGAUAUUAUUGUAAGAUACAAAAGUGCAAGAUCCAUUCGUACAACAUCAGGACAUGGCCAGUUCCCAACACUUGUUUUGAAGUCAGUUCAUCAGGAUGGGUUGUAACAUAACAUUUACUUAUUUGACUCUGUUAUUUAUAUGCCUGAAAUUUUAAAGCAUGGUAUCCUUUUUCCAAAACAAAUAAAUUCACACAACUGAAAGAAAUAGAGUGGUUUUCAUUAACCCGUGAAACAAAGUGUAAUAGAGCGGAUUUCGUAUG